UCUCGAGAAAAUGGGGCUAAACCCUAGAACUCUUAAGGAACGCCAUGAAUCGAGCUCUAUGGAGAGCUGUCUUCAAUGUCUAUGCUCGGAGCGUUUCCAUCUCUCCUCCCCUUCAAACCCCGUGCUCCGGUCACUUUCCGGCUCGAUUUGCCGUUUUGGCUUCCCUCCAACCGCGAUGUUACUCAUCCAAGAAUGACAAGUACAAUGGAUUGAACUCAACCACGAAUCAGAACGAUCAUUCUGUCGUCGACGAUGAUGUCAGUACCGAAGAGCUGAAGAGGAAGAUAGAUAAAUUUUACGAGGGUGAUGUCGAGUCAUUACCAUCGAUAUUUGAAGCAAUUUUGAAGAGGAAGCUGUCAGGAAAACACGAAGGUGCUGAUGAUGAGCUUAUGAAAGAAAUUCGGCAGCGAAUGCCUGGACAAAUGGAAGAUUUUAAAGAUGAUGAAUGUGCAUCUGAUUUAAACGGGUUUGAGGAAACUGAUGAAGAAAUAGAUGAUUUCAGUCAUGCCAGAGAUUCGAGUGAUUCUGAGGAAGAAGAUAGAGAUUAGAGAAGUAUAAGUUAUGUUGAUAACUUGAGUUCUAUAUCCAUGUUCGGUCAAUAUUUGAUUUGACAUUCUUAGGGAAAAACUUUCAAAAUUUUUAAUCUCUUAGUCUUAGGGUUCUAGUUAAUUUAAUUUGAUUCAGGCGAACGUAUCAGGGUAUCAGGUGAUAUGUUAGGUCUAUGCGAACUUAGAUCCAAACAAGUGGAAAUAGAUUAAUGGAAAAUUGUACAGAAAGAUGCACUACAUAUUUUUUAAAUGCCAAUAUUUGCAUCGAUAACAGUUAUUUAUUGAA